AUGGCAUCUCACGCACACAUACACCUGGACGAAGAGACUUCAUCUACCACCAGCCUCCACCCAUCGCCCGCCCAUUCCUCCGAUAAAGAAAAUCCCCGAAAUCACACCCAUAAACGAAAUUCCAACGCGAUGGCGCCCCCGAGCAAUAAGAACAAACGCCAGAGACUGGCCACCCGUCACACAAACCUGCAAUCUGUCGGGUCGCAAGUAUCGUCUCAGCGGAGCAGUGAGACCCUGUAUUAUGAUCCCGAUCAGGAUCCUACAGAGCGUGCUCGCAUCCGGAUGGAAACUCGCGAACUCACUCGCGAAGUUAGUGAUUCACGAAGCGAGUACAUGCAGCCUGGGAACACUGGUUUAAAAGAUGCUCUUGCCCAAGCAAAUGAGCUCUAUGCCCAAGUGAAACAAACCUCCGAUGCCACGAUCGAUGCUCGUCUUUUGGUCCAGAUUGCCGAAAUAUCGCACAAGAAAACCUCUCAGCUUGCACUCGGCGCUACAUCCGCCAGUAUUGAUGUUGAUGAAUUUGUUUCGAAAUGUAUCACUUUCAUGCGCCGUGGACAGAAUAAUGCGGCUGCUAGACCAAGCGGGACCCAGCGUGCUCGCUAUGGUCGGUCCCAACGAGACCCCGAUGCAAGCGAUGAAGAUGAUGCGGGUGAUGCCAUGAACUGGGAUCACUUGGGACAAGCCGCUAGCUUCCCCAACAACCGUCGGCCAGCUGUGCCAGGAUGGUUAUUAGGCCCGCUUUCAAUCCAAAAGCGCGUGAGGCAAGUGACGCAGCGGAGAGCGGUUGAAAGGAUAGAUCCCUCCCAGGCAGUUCGGCCUCAGGAGUUGCAGCAACAAGAUCUUGGUGGACAAGAGAGUGCAAACCUGACCCAGAUAUGCUCCGAGAUCAAUAAACUCCUUGGCUCAAAUCAAAAGGCUCGUCUAGAGGCCGCUGCAACAGAACUGGAAAACACCCCGGAUGUUACUCCAGAGCAGGUGCAGGCCAUCAUGGACAAGCACUGGAUUGCUGACAAUGAAGGCAUUCCUUUGUUCCGAUUCUGUAUUAAUCCAAGAUCCUUUGGACAAAGCGUGGAGAACUUGUUCUAUGUUAGCUUCCUGGUUCGCGAUGGGACAGUCGGUGUCUCCACUGACAGCCGAGGUCUGCCCACACUCCAUGCAACGGCACCCUAUGCACCACUAGAGGCGCAAAGGCAAGGAAUUCAGAAACAUCAGGCUGUCUUCAGUCUAGACUAUGACACGUGGGAUUCAGUUAUAGAGCUUCUCAACCUCAAAGAGUGUGUCAUUCCUCACCGCGAGCCGACACAGGAGGAGACCAGCACAAGCUGGUAUGGCUAA